AUGGCCGUCGACAGCUCGAACUGUCCCGAGGACGGCAACUCAACAGACUGCCUUCUUCGAUCUUUGAUGCAUCUUCUCAACGAGCAAAGCAAGGCCGAAGACAACGAAACCAACUGGGAUCCCAUCACUCUUUCAGGGGAUUUUGGUCGCUGGAAAAGGACGGAGGAAGACAACAAACGUGCCAUCGGGAAAUGGCACCAAGCGACUGAGUGGCACUGGAAUUGGCAAGAUAUGUCCUUCAAAUCUAGGGCAUGGGUGCCCAUUCUACGUGAAGAUACUUGGAAUAUGCGGCCUGAUCUGAAGGAAUAUACCGACAAUGAGGAGACAGGACAAAGACCCAGUCACUUAACACGGCUUACCACCGUUCCCGUUCGAAUUACAAGACUCCUCAGCAAAGCUCUGAAGAAUUGUUUCUCCUGGCUUCCUCAUUCCUGGAAUCAGAAGCUUUUGACCUGGAAGCAAUGGAUUCAAAACUCCCAGCCAAAGUACGAGGCCAAUCCUGCUGCCACCUGGGUUAGGUGUUUUGAGAAGGUUGGCCUCGAAUAUCUUGAUAACCCAAGAUACAAAAGCCACCUGCAGUUAGUUACCGCGGACUAUCUCCCAGAUGAUCUUAUUGCUGCUCCUGCGUAUGGACAGGUUGGAGCUAUCAUUGCAGCUGCAGCAGCGACAGGUGCUCAAGUCAAGAUGACUGACGACAAGUCUCUUUACCCAGUAAUUCUUGGGCGGCAAUUCCAGUUCGACUUCCGGCAGCACCCUACCCUUGGUACUAUCGGUGCAUACGCAUAG